CACACACACUCGCAUUUAUUGUCUCGCUAUCACUUAUGCAAUCAAUUCGCAUGCAUCUGGUGUCAAUUGCCGGACGCUUGACCAACUGAUCAAGUCGUCGAAAACAUUUCGAUCUACAUAGAUCGUCCAAAGAAUACUAAAAAACAACAACAAAAAGCUGGCUAAAUAACAAUUUUUUGUGCAAAAGACUUGGAUUAAAAAUCGCCAAAAUUGUGGAGGCAAUUAAAAUGAAGACUGAGCUGCGUUCCUGCGCAGCGUGCGGCGAACCAAUCUCGGAUCGAUUUUUUCUCGAGGUUGGCGGCUGCUCGUGGCACGCCCAUUGCCUCAGAUGUUGCAUGUGCAUGUGCCCGCUGGAUCGCCAACAGUCGUGCUUCAUCAGGGAACGCCAGGUCUACUGCAAGGCCGACUACAGCAAAAAUUUCGGCGCCAAGUGCUCGAAAUGCUGUCGCGGCAUCUCCGCCUCCGACUGGGUGCGACGGGCGCGCGAUUUGGUAUUCCAUUUGGCGUGCUUUGCCUGCGAUCAAUGCGGACGGCAAUUGUCCACCGGGGAACAGUUUGCGCUCAUGGAUGACCGCGUGCUCUGCAAGGCUCAUUAUCUGGAAACGGUCGAGGGUGGCACCACAUCAAGUGACGAUGGCUGUGAUGGUGAUGGUUAUCACAAGAGUAAAACGAAACGCGUGCGCACCACCUUUACCGAGGAGCAGUUGCAAGUGCUGCAGGCCAACUUUCAGAUUGACAGUAAUCCGGAUGGCCAGGAUUUGGAGCGCAUCGCCUCCGUAACUGGUCUGAGCAAGCGAGUGACGCAAGUUUGGUUUCAGAAUUCGCGUGCGCGUCAAAAAAAACACAUACAUGCUGUACGCGAACCGGAAGGAAGCUCAUUUGCGCGUCAUAUUAACCUGCAGUUAACGUAUUCAUUUCAGAAUAACGCACAGAAUCCCAUGCACAUGAAUGGCAGCAAAGGGGCUCUGUACCCAGCGCAUGAAUCCUCCAUGGAUGAACUGUCGCAAGAUUCGAGCGUUCACUGUAUGCCCAGCGAGGUGUGACUGCAGCAGUCCUCGCCAGCACGUGCUCAUCGCUAGCGAUCAACGCUUUGGCUUUAGCUGGUUGUGGGCUGCACUCGAGCAACGAGAAAUCUAAAAAGAAAACGUCCUUUCCUAGUCAAAAUUUUAUGUAUAGCGUUGCGACGCUCAUAUGAAAUGAAAAACAAAAAAUACAAAAAAGAAGAAGAAGAAGAAGAAAACUUGCAACACGGAAAACUCGCUGAAGACACCUAAUCGGAGUUGAUCAAUCUGUUUCGAUGCUUUGAGCAUUGUUUGCCCAGUCGUCAUUAUCCACAUACAUCUCAGAAUACAACACAUACAUUCCUGCAUAGCCUAUAAAAUGAAGAAUGAGGAGAAGAAGAAGAUGAAGAUGAAGAAGAGAAGAAAAAAAACAA